AAAAAUUGGUCCUUCGGGGGAUGUCUUUCGCUUUGGAUGGUCCUAUCGGCCUGAAGUGGACGUCCGGAGUGCCGCCCUUUCAGGGCAACAAUUCCCGUGUUUAUUUGCAAACGCCGCCAUCCCUGUCAGAUGGACAGACAGGUGACAGUAGCCCAGAGGGUGGAAUGGACCGCCUGGGCGAACCCGUCGCCGGUCACACAGCUUUGGCGACUGGCGACGGUUUUUCUCAGUACUCGCAACGCGUGAUGUCGCCGCACGAACCCAUGGAACAAAUACCUUCGCAGAACCUCUCUGAGAAUAAGACGCCAAACGGGCCUCCUCAACCGCAGCAUCCAGUGUUGACGGCCUCGUUUCAGUCACCAUUCACCUCACCGCCUUUUAGUUAUGGAAUGCAGUACCACCCUCCGCAGUACGUGCAGAAUUCUGGCUGGUAUGUUCCUCCGAACAGCCAGGAGCUACAAAUGAUGCAGAACCCACCGCUGCCACAGACACAGCCAGCGGGACAGAUACAAGUCCCAAACCAAAUGCUGCAGGCACCACCAAUGAUGCUGCAGAUGCAGCAGCAGCAGCAACAGCAACAGCAGCAGCAUAUGCAACAGCAUAUGCCGAUGCCGCAGGUGCACGACGGCAUUCAUGUGGGUACGCUGAACUUCGGGUUGAUCGUUUAUGACCUCGAGACAACCCACGAUGCCGAGCGUGGCAACUAUGCAGAGAAAGGUAUCCACGAAUGCAGCCAAGAUGAGCAGAUCGAAUGGAAAUCCCGGUCGCAGAUCAUUGAGUUUGCCGCCGUGGAUGUGCUGACGGGAGAAAGCAUUUGUGUACGCAGCCGUCCCGAAUUCAACUGGGAGGAUGUCAAGUCCCAUGCAGCCCGACUAUUCGCGGAAGAUCAUGGCCAUGCCGACAUCAUCCAGGACCAAACGCUGCCGUAUUUCCGAGAGGUUUGGACGCACGAGGUCCUUCCUUUCUUGUGGCGUGCUUCUGGUCACUCCCGGCAGCUGGCCAUGUUGGCACACAAUGGAGACGCCUUCGAUCACUAUGUGCUGCAAAAGGAGAUCAAGCGCUUGAACCUGCCGAUCGAAGGUGGUCCUGCCCUGGUGGGCUUCGAUCCCAUUGCAGUUCUCAAGCAGAACUACGGUCACGGCUUCGGUUCUGGAGGUCUACUGGCCUUGCGCCAGUUGUAUCAGCAGCAUGUGCCCUCAAAUCGUGUCCUGCGAGCACAUCAAGCGAUGGACGACUGUGUUAUGCUGAUGGAGGUAAUUCAGCAUUGGCCGGAACUUAACAUGCUGUUGGCUCACGAGAUCGCAACACAGAUGGGACACAAAGUUCCCGGGAGCACAGAGGCUCAGGUGCAACAGUAUGUCGAGAUGCUGAGGUAUCGCCUUACUGAGCCUGUACGCAUCCAGCCGGCACCGCCAUACCCCAAAAUCUCGAUCUACAACGGGCAGAGGAUGAUCUGGCCACCACAGGCACAAGCUCCAAUCCUGGCAGAUCGAGAACGCUGCCAGGACAUGGCCCAGGGCAUGCCUCAAUAUUCCAACAUGAUGUGGCAGGGUCACCCUCAGAUGGACACCAGCGAGUUACUUCACAUGCCACGGGCAGAAGCACAGGUGGUACUUCUGUCCACGGUGACAUGCGCGCAACCACAAGUCCAGCUGCAGCGUAUGGAUGAUGGGCCCAUGAUUGGAUCACCAAGCCAGGAGCGCAUGAGAAGCUCCUCAUCCGAGUCGGAGAUGCUGAUGCACAUGGAGCCACCGCCUCCACCUGCAGAACCGCCGGCUAGUGGAAGCAACGGUGAAGCCCCGUACGGCCUCAGUGUCUCCGAGCUCGAGGCAGAACUCCAUCGGGCCCAAAAGGAGACGAGUUCACCAGAUGAGAAGCCCAAGACCCGUCGUGGAUUUCCCAUUGGCAAGGACGGCACCAAGCGCGAAAUCCGCGAUGAAGAAUAUGGCCAUCGAGGCCGCAAGAAGAAUCAGAAGGAGAACGAAUGGAGCGAGUGGGAGCGCCGCAAAAGCUGGGACCGCAACGAGCGUGCGGACCGCCGAGAAGAUUGGUGGACUUGGGAUACCUGGGGAGAAGACUGGGAAGAAUGGGAGAACUGGGACUGGGAGCAGCCCAACUCAAAGCAGAGGGAGAAGAAGAAGAAAGGCCGCAAGCGCCGCGAAUGGCAGUCAAAAGAGAAAGAAGAGAGUCAAGGAAGUAGCAGUGAAGACCACACUGCUGCUCCAGCGGCACAAGCAGCACAAGUAGCAAAAGAACAAGCUGCAGAUGCCCCAAAUGGAGG